AUGGCCUCCGCGGCGAAGACGAUUGUCGCGCAAACAGACCGGCCGCUACCAAAGUCGCCGUGCUGCGGUCCGAAGCGCCGCCCUCCCGCCAGGCGAUGGUUCCACUGGCACGAGCCGGGCACUACCAAAGAAGAGAAAUGGCUUCUUUUCAAGCUCGACUUUUUCAUCCUCACGUACACUUGCCUGACCUUUUUCGUCAAGUACUUGGACCAGACAAACAUCACAAAUGCUUACAUUUCGGGAAUGAAGGAGGACCUCAACCUAAGGCAAAAUGAGCUCAAUUGGCUGUCCACCUUCUUCAACAUCGGCAUCAUCAUCGGAAGCCCGUUUACGACCACUGCACUCACAGUGAUCCAACCUCGAUAUUGGCUCCCAGCGUGCACCGUGGUCUGGUCAGUGUUCGUCCUCUGCAUGUACAAGGCGGCGGACGUGAAAACGCUAUACAUCCUACGCUUCUUUUGCGGUCUGGCUGAGUCGGGAGUCUUGCCUGGAGCAUGGUACAUUAUUGGGAGCUGGUAUCGCAAAUCAGAGAUCGCGCGCCGGACGGCUCUCUUUUACUUUUCCGCUAUUGGCGGCCUGAUGCUUUCUGGGUAUAUUCAGGCCGGGCUGUACCAUAACAUGAACAACCGACUUGGACUCGCGGCGUGGCGCUGGCUGUUUAUUUUCGACUUCAUCAUCAGCAUACCCAUCGCAGUUCUUGGCUUCUUCGUUUGCCCAGAUGAGCCGAAGGCUAAGCGCAUGUGGUGGAUGACGGAGAGUGAGAGGCAGCGAUGCAUCCAACGACUAGCAGAAGAAGACCGCGACUCACAGCCGGUUCGCUGGAGCUGGAGGACAUUUGCCCAGCUGUUCAAGUGCUGGCAGCCGUACGGCUUUUGCAUUGCCUGGGGGACACUUGAACUGACCUGCGCCGUCAACUUGCAACGCUGGAUGGCACUCUGGCUCAAAACAUUGAAAGAGAAUGGGCAUCCCAAAUACAGCGUCGAGCAGAUCAAUGCCUUGCCCACGGUCAUUGGUUGCUUGCAACUCAUUUGGAUGAUACUCAGCUCUUUCACGGCAGACUACCUACAAGAUACCUCCGUCGUCAUUGCCGCCCUAGCCGUAGUGCAGUUGAUCGGCUACAUCAUAUUCUGCGUCUGGCCUGCCAGCGAAAGCACCAUCAUGGCCGCAUUCUACGUCAGCAGUGCCUAUGGCGCCAUUGGGCCUCUGAUGGGCUCGUGGCUCAAUUCGUGCUCGGGCGGCGACAAGGUCCUGAGAGCGCUUUCCUCGGCGCUCAUGUCUUCGAUCGGAUUGUGA